AUGAACAAAUUACUCGAGGACAAAAAUACGUACAAAUUAAUAAGAGCCGACUCAACACAUACGCUUCAGAAGAAAAACAACGCCCUGGUCGAUGAAUUAUAUAAAAGCAAAAUCAUUAACUACCGAGAAAAACAGCAACUCACCAGCACAGCUGCCACCGCACCAAGACUAUACGGGUUACCAAAAAUCCACAAACCAGACUUGCCACUACGACCAAUCUGCUCGUCUGUCAAUGUUCCGUGCUAUGGUAUGUCCAAAUAUAUAGGGAAAAUCCUCAGCAACCUCAUAUCCGAGAAGCAUAACAUCAAAAAUGCUUAUGAAUUCAAAGAGAGGCUAAACAAUGUACAAAUAAAUGACGAAGAUAUGCUAGUGUCAUUUGACGUGGUCUCACUGUUUACCAAUAUUCCGAUACCUCUAGCCAUAAAAAUAAUCACUGCUAAGUGGUACAAAAUUCAGCAAAAUACCAGCAUAUGUAAAAACAAGUUCCUUAACCUCCUGAAUUUCUGUCUAAAAGACAAUAACUAUUUUAUGUGUGACAAAAACUUGUACGUACAAACGUAUGGAAUGCCAAUGGAAAACCCUUUCUCACCAACCAUUGCUGACAUAAUAAUGGAUGACCUUCUGGACAAAACCAUUUUGGAACUUAAGGAAAACUUCGACAUUGACAUUAAAUUUUUAGUAAAAUACGUAGAUGAUAUUUUUGCAAUAGUGAGACGAAACGAUGUGGAUAUUAUAUUAAAUACACUUAACAAGUACCACCUUAAACUGCAGUUCACUGUAGAAAAGGAAAACAACCUUCGCAUACCGUUUUUAGACAUAAUGGUCUACAAGAAAAAUAGCGAAUUAAUACUCGACUGGUACUCAAAACCUACAUCCUCGGGACGAUUCAUCAAUUAA